AUGGCACCGACAAAGGCAGAGCUCUCGCUGCUCAUCAACCCUCUUGUCCCCGAGGCUGUGCAGCACAAUAACCGUGUCCUAUCAUCCCUCCACUCCCUCACAGCCUUCCUCCUCGGUCUCUCCGCAGGCAUCCUAGCUCUGCAAUCCACCACCGGCUUCGCAUUCUACUUUGCCGGAACCGUGCUUGUCUCGGCCCUGUUCCACGUGGUCAUACUCAAGCGCUCCUCGGGCGCCGGUGCUGGCGCCUAUUUCCCCGGGAGUAGCGGCGGCGAGAUCGAAGGGCAAGUCCGUAUGGAGGGCAGCGCGGUACGCUUGGAAAAGGGCGGGAAGAAGGGGGGGUUAUAUCUUGCGGAAGGGCGGCUGGAGAGAUGUCUGGUUGGGCGGUGGUGUGUUGAGUGA